GGCCGAGCGGCUAACACACCAACUGGAUCAGCUUUACGGUCAGCGGGACGGACGGACGGAGAGCGAGCCAGAAAAUCUCAGAAAAGCGAAAUAUUUGAUAUUCUGUUGUGAACUUCCAGCCCGACAGGAACCGAAGAUGAUCGAGGUGGUUUGCAACGAUCGUCUGGGCAAGAAAGUCCGGGUCAAGUGCAACUCUGAGGAUAGCAUUGGGGAUCUGAAGAAGCUCAUUGCUGCCCAGACAGGAACACGAUAUGACAAAAUUGUAUUAAAGAAAUGGUAUACUAUAUUCAAGGACCACGUGACUCUGGGUGACUAUGAAAUCCAUGAUGGGAUGAACCUGGAGCUGUACUACCAGUAGACUACCAUGACUCAGUGCUACACAGAUGCUACACCUCUUCCCUGUUACGCACGCACACACACACACACAGAUGGAAUCGCUGGAAUCUGUUGCAGGGAACCGCCAUGAUCAGACAACACAACUGAAAGAGACGAGAAGCGGCAUCUUCAGAGCAGAAAACACACACAUAUGACAUUGAUCUCAGUUUUAGCUAAUAAUUUUUUGCCCGCAAAUUAUAUGAAAGACAUGAUGUUCUACAAUUUUUGUUUUGAUAUUUUUGAAUUAAAGCAGACAUUUACCUACCUACAA